UAAGGCGGCCUACUGAUAGCUCCUCUGCGAUUAGCAGGAACCACAUUAUAAUAUUAUAAAACCACCAAUCCGAAUCUGACAUAUUGUUUAUCAUUUGAAUUAACGUAGCACAUCGGAUCCGCGUCUGAUUGCUCAGAACCUUGUGACAACUAAAUAAUUAUACCUUAGGUAUUUGCUUGAGUAACUAUCGCGACGGCGCUUUCAUCUUAAAUUUACUUUUAUUUGCUCCGAUAGCUGUACACAAAACUGCUGAACAAAAGUCAUUAAUUUAAUGGUUAAUUCCACUUCGAUUAAUCUUCAGUCUGGAACUAACUUUUCGCCGUGAAGCAUAAAAUUGAAGACAAUUUAUCGGAAACAAAUCAAAAAAUGACGAUUUUGAUGCAAAUUUGUGUCGUUUUCCUUGGCCUAUCUUCCGUUUUUUCGGCGCCAGCCGGUAGUGAGUUUGUAGAUGUUUGCAAAUCAGACAAUAACGAGGUCCCUGAAAAUGGGCAUCCCCCCAACUAUUGGGGCACAUACAAGUCUACCACCAAGGCCCAGAAGAAGGUGUUUGUGGACAAAAUAUUCGAGCAGAUCCCGAAAGGAACUACGGCAUGCGAACUGCCGUCGGACUUCCAACUGAACAGGCACUACGAAAACAUACAAACCCCAAGUAAACAGAUCUACAGUUUCUACUGUGCGAAAGGAGAAAAUAGAGGCUACGAACACAUUGAAGUGGACGUCACUGUGGGAGAAGAGUUAUAUAUCAGGUGGGCUCAGUCAUUGUCUGAACUAGGAAUCGUGGGAGCUAAGGGAUAUCCCUCAAAUGAAUAUUCCGCGGAAGAACUGGAACAGAAGAAAAGAUACAUUCAGCCCAUUUUUGAAGCGAUAAAGAAUGACAUACCUGCAACUCUGUGCCCUGAUCCUGACCUGAAAGUUCACUUCUCUUUGUCAGAGAAAGACGAAAAUUACCUACACUACUGGAAAUUCCCAGUUUCGUGUGGAGUGGAUGCCGCCGAGAAAAUAGACGUGGAGGUAAUGCAAGACCAGCAGUACUGCUAUGUUGAAGGAGGGAACAUAAAAUUGGUCUUCAAAUCUGAGAGGCCAAUUGGUAACAGCUGGGAAGAAGAAGAAGAGAUCAUCGCCGAAACUCCUUCAUCGGAAUUGCAAAGUGGAGUUGAAAUGAUUUCAUUCUCCACUGUUGCGAUGACGAUGAUUCCACUCGUGUUUUCUUUGAUAUUCUAAUUUGAUCGAGCCCAAGAACUGAUAGAACUCAAAUUGUUAGAUAAAAUAAAAAACUGCGAGGCCUUGAAUGUUCCGCCUGACCUUUACCGUGUUUGAAGUAG